GGUAAAGUAGGAACGAGGACGUGGCAACAUUGCGUCCUCCUGCUUUGCAAACUCGCCUUCAUACAAAAUAAAAAUGGUGGUUACGGUUCUCUACGUAGGCUAAAUUCGAAACGAAAAUGAACAAAUUCAUUGCGGUUGUGAUCAAAAUCCCAAGAAAAGUCUGAAAUAUGUAGUGAAAAUCGUCCUGUGUUUCCAAAAACUAGUGCUUAAAUCGUACACGAAGACUCGAACUGGGCGGAAUUCGUCUUCCAGAUAAUUUAGACCAUUUGGGUUGUUUAUUAUGUUGCCAUUGCGCGGAAUAGUAUACUAAAUUAGUUAAAUACAAUUAUUUCAAUUAACCAGUAACUGCUGAACGCUUUGUUUGUAAUAGAAUUGUGGAAUUUGUUGCUCCAGUGUCCCGGCCUGCGAGGUAGAUGCAACAUGUGACCCUGUUUGACAUUUGUGCAUUUAUCAACCCUUGACGUGCAAUUGUUUUAACGAAAUAUCCCAUCAAACGGUCGAUAAGUCUUUCCGUUAUAAAUUAAAAGCAACAUGUGGAAUAAAACUGAAAAACCCAUUGGAAAGUGUGCAGGUUUAUGCAUCAUUCAUUAACAAUGAGUGGUAAACCCAUAACAAAACUCAAAACACUCCACUGACUGAAACUUAAUGACUACAAAAUACAAUGUGCAAGUGUCACAUACACCAAUCAUGAUGCACAGCACAGAAAACAAUCGUUUCAUAGUGCAGGUGUAUGUAGGGGCCUUGUCAGCUCUCUAUGAAGCCCUGUCAGUAGAAGCAAGCAAACAGACAACUUCAGAAGAAAUUGUGUCUUGCAUAGUAGAAAGGCUCAGUUUAAAUGACAAUGCAUCUUAUGAACUUGCAGAAGUUAUUGGAGAUGAUUUUGGGCAAGAAUGUAAAGAGAGGAGCCUAAGUGCUCAUGAAAGUCCUGUGCAAUUGAUGAUGCUAUGGCCAAAACACAGGCCAGAUCAUUCAUCUUAUCGAUUUUAUCUUAGAGAAAAGGUUAAUGAUUAUGUAUGGAGAGACCAAUUUGUAAUGGACCCUCAGUUGAUCAAAGACUAUUUCCACAGAUUCUUAUACCAACCUAAAGAUAGAGAAUACCCUGAUUUGUGCCAACUACCAGAUCUAAACGAACAAACCUUAUUGGAUAACUUAAGAGCAAGAUUUGUAGCUGGGCAUAUUUAUACAUACGUAGGAUCUAUUCUAAUAGCUUUGAAUCCUUUCAAAUUCUACCCCAUAUACAAUCCAAAAUACGUAAAACUCUAUCAGAAUCGACGAUUGGGGCCCAACUUACCUCCUCAUAUUUUUGCCGUUGCCGAUGUGGCGUAUCAUUGUAUGCUUAAAGACAGAAAAAAUCAGUGUAUAGUAAUUAGUGGUGAGAGUGGUUCGGGAAAGACUGAAAGUACAAACUUUUUGUUGCAUCACUUGACUGCAUUGAGUCAGAAAGGAUCGCAUGGAAGUGGUGUGGAACAAACGAUACUUAGUGCUGGGCCCGUUUUGGAGGCAUUUGGGAAUGCUAAGACUGCUCAUAAUAAUAAUUCAAGUCGAUUUGGUAAAUUCAUCCAAGUCAACUACAAGGAGAAUGGCAUGGUUCAUGGGGCUGUGGUUCAAAAAUACCUUUUGGAAAAAUCUAGAAUAUGCUCACAAGGUCGUUACGAAAGGAAUUAUCAUGUGUUUUACUAUCUACUGGAAGGGGCAAACGAACAAGAAAAACAACAACUCCACCUCAAGCGCCCCGAUCAGUACUACUAUCUCAAUAAAUCCUGCGGCGCCUUGGAUAACACAGACGAAAGUUACGAGUUCUCCAGAUUGAAACAGUCUAUGGAGAUGGUGGGCUUCACGACCGAAAAACAGAGACGAUUGUUUUCCGUUUUAUCCGCCGUGCUUCUGCUCGGGAACGUCGAGUUCCAGCCUAGGAAAAGCGCUUAUCACCAUGACGAGGCCGUGGGCGUAAAGAAUCCGGAAGUUGUAAUGCUCAUAUCCGAGUUGCUUAGGGUUAAACAGGAAACUUUAAUGCAAGCUCUUACAGCGAAGAGGGCGCGAGCUUCGGGGGAAACACUUGUCAUCAAUUACCGACUUCCUGAAGCUAUAGCCAGCAGGGACGCUAUGGCGAAAUGUCUUUACGGGGCUCUCUUUGAUUGGAUAGUACUUCAAGUCAAUCACGCUCUUCUAUCGAAAAAAGACACCCUCAGAGAACACCAGGGCAACUCCAUAGGCGUCCUUGACAUUUUUGGCUUCGAGGAUUUUGGCCUGAACAAUAGUUUCGAACAGCUGUGCAUAAAUUACGCCAAUGAACAUCUUCAGUACUAUUUUAAUCAGCACGUGUUUAAAUAUGAGCAAGAAGAAUACAGAAAAGAAGGGAUUAGGUGGACGAACAUAGAGUUUAUGGAUAAUACAGGCUGUUUGCAGUUGAUUGAGGGCAAGCCUAACGGAUUAAUAUUUUUAUUGGAUGACCAGUGCAAUUUCCCGGGAGCAACAAACGAAACACUGCUUCAAAAGUUCAACACCGUCCACAAGGACAACAAAUUCUACCAAAAGCCCCAGAAAAAAGAAGGGGCAUUCAUCAUUGUGCACUACGCUGGCAAAGUCAAAUACCAAGUGAUGGAUAUGCGAGAGAAAAAUCUCGACCUGAUGCGGCAAGACAUCGUAGGGGUGCUGAAAAACAGUUCAAUGGCGUUCGUCAGAGAGCUGGUCGGUGCCGAUCCGGUGGCUGUCUUUCGGUGGGCGAUCGUUAGGGCCUUCUUCAGGGCGUAUUUCGCGUUUCACGAAGCAGGGAGGAAGCACAGACAGGGAAGGGUGGACGGAAAUAAGAAUAAUAUUCAGCAGAGGUAUUCUAGGAAUCACGUUCCAAACGAGAAUCUUAUUAGUAAACAACGAAACACCAUCUCAUUUAACCGGCUGGGCCGAAACUUAGACAACGAACAAUCUAACAAUCGACUAUCAUGGCCGCAACUCUAUCAACGAAACAGACACAGUCCGAAUAGUAGCAAAAACUCCGAGGAUGACCGAAGAAGAAAGGAUUCCCUAACCGGAAGUCCGAAUUCUUCCGUCGGCCUCGAACGAUUGGCUCCCGACGAAGCCCGAGCUAUACAGCGGGCCAAUCAGAUCGUUAUGAAGAACAAAUCAUUUCGUCCGCGAGAACGCAGCAAAAAGGGCCUGAAGAAUCUUCAGACGGUCAAAACGUUGGCCGGACGAACGGGCAUCACCGCUCAACCCCAAGGCCAACUGGGAAAAGCAAGGAAACAACCUAUGACUGUCACUGCUCAAUUUCAACAAAGCUUACAUUCGCUCAUGGAUACGCUCAAUCAAGCUAAUCCGUUUUUUAUUAGGUGUAUUAAGUCAAACGGCAAUAAAAUACCAAAUACAUUCGACGAAGCAACAGUACAAAGACAACUAAGGUAUACGGGAAUGCUGGAAACGGUUAGAAUACGACAAGCAGGUUUCAAUGUCAGGUUGACUUACGACGAAUUCAUCCAACUCUACAGGAUCUUAUUGCCAAAAGGCCUGUUAAGUUCGCAGAUAGAUGUCAGGGACUUUUUGUCAACGCUCAAUUUGAAUAGGGAUAACUAUCAGUUAGGAAGUACUAAGGUGUUUAUGAGAGAAAGCGAGAAGUACAAGUUAGACUGCAAACUUCAUCAGCAGAUCAUGGCAAGCAUUGUGACAUUGCAGAGGUGGUUCAGAGCAUGUUUGGAAAGGAGGCGAUUUUUGAGAAUUAAAACUGCUGUGAUAACUCUUCAGUCGUAUUGCAGGAUGUACUUGGUUCAAAAAUAUGUAAGAAGACUCCAAGCGACACUGAAGAUUCAGAAGUACUGGCGGGGCUUCAAGUGCAGAAGUUGGGCACAGAAGUUGAAAGUCUCGCUCAUAGUGUUCCAGGCGCAUUGCAGGGGAUUCAAAGUUAGGAAAACUAUUAGAUAUUUGAAAAUAAAGGGGGAGAUACCACCUAGAAGAUUACAGAUUGUCAGUGCGCUUCCGGCUCAUCUACAGGUAAAACAUGGAAGCUCAGAUGAAGCAUUCGUCAGUAAAGAUUCUAGUCUUGAGGAAGUUCGUGCUGAUCCAGUAGACAGGAAAAUUUUAGAUUCUGACGAAAGCAGCGGUAUACCAGAGGACGACAUUGAUACGACUUCUCACACUAAAAUAAGCCUAAGGUCGACUGUGUCAUUACCAAGUGUGUCAACCCAACAACCUGCUUAUUACCAUCAUCAUCAUAAUUACAUCAAUAACUCGGGAAAUUACAGAUUCGAUGACAUUAAGCCGGAAAAAAUCAGUUUGGAAUUAAUAAAGAAGAGAAUACCGAAGUCGCAUCAAACGAUAGACUACUCAGAUUUGGAAUACACUCCUCAACGUAAGGGUAGCGGGGAUUCACUAGGCUCGCAGAGGAGUUUAGAAUCGCAACAGAGCUCCGAUUCACAUUCCAGCGUGACUGUUCGAGAGCUUCACAAACAAGAACAACCCUCUUUGGACAAGCAAUGGUCCUCGACUAGCACUACGAGUGAAACGUUCUCCGAAAGUGGCGCCACCCAAUCGGCGCCGCCUAUAAUCGCUAGGGAUCGAUCUACCUGGGAUAGAGAACCCGUGCCGCGAGAUUAUUUCAUAAAGCAACCUUUAUCUAGGACCGAAGCUGUCAAUAAUUGGGUUCCACCGGUUAUUAGAAAGGAUACGAGAUACAGUGAUAACAAACAUCUUCGUAGCUACCAACCAGUUCGACGACCCCAACGGGAAAAAUACCUGCCCGACGAUCGCCCAGAUAUCUAUCCCUACGAUCAAACGCCCAACAAACUCGAACAAAUAUUGGGAAGACCGGAAGCGCCCGUGAGGAAUACGAGAAAGUCGAAAAGAGGUCACGUUAAAAGCCUGGGCGAAGAGGUGACCGACAGCGGAAGUUUAGACAAGAGCGUCUUUCUGGGGACCAUCGAUGAAUCCAAGGCACAUGCAGAGUUCAUCAUACAAGAGAGGAAUUCAGCUGAGAUCGGGACCAAACAGAGCCUAACCCCGAAACGGCAACGUCAACAUCUCCCUCAACUCGACCUGCGAAGAAGAAACAGCGAUCCCGCUACCAAAGCCGUCAUUUCCGAACAUCCUUCCGGUCUAGACGCCAGUCCUUCGAUAAAAACCAACGAUUACAAAUAUGACGUGAACGCCCUUUCGAUAGCGGGACAUUCUUUUAGAAAAAUCCCAAGAAUAUCGAAGGAUGAUCUCUGUAUGUUCUGUAAUACCGAACUGGAUGCUUUCUAUACGCCGGGAUACAAGUGUACGAAUUGUAAAAAGCAGUUCCAUACGAAGUGUAUACAGAAUAAGGUUUUCGAAAUGCCCUGUGAACAAAGACCGAAUGCCGAAAUUCGCUCGGGUAGGCGAAAACACCGAAAACAUUCUCGAACCCCAUACGAUCUCCGGAAACCCGACGAAAGUAAGUUCAGCCUCACUGGUACCUCAGAGUUUACGGACCGAACCGAUCAAAUUAUCACUGGAGCCGAAGAACUCACUCUCAUGCAACAGUUCAUAACGGAUAAAAUAAUGAAGAUGGAAUCCGUCGGCGGCAAAAACAGCGACGUGGAUAAGACUUUCAAACAGGCUUUGAGGGAAUUCAAAGAUAAUUUGGUGCAGAUAUAUAGUAAUGCGAACAAGCAUAACAGUUUGGAAACGUGCAAUAUUAAGUAUAAGGAUCUCAUUUUGGUUUUUAAUCAGGCAAUGGAAACGGUCUGCCAGCGCGAACAAAAAUCGAACGACGCGAAAGAUUUUCCGGUUACGAUGGGAGUCAAUGCGUUUCGAGGUUUCAUGGAUGAAUUCAUGUCGUCUCGUGCCGAAGAGAAACCCAGUAAAUCGAAGAGGAAAAAGGAAAAGAAACGCAAAGUGGAGACUUACAAACACAACGGGCACACUUUCCUUUUGACAAUAAUAAACAUACCUACGGCUUGUGAGAUAUGCAGUUCGUUCUUCAUGUGGCCAAUAGAACGAGGAUUGGUAUGUCAAAGUUGCAAGAUGACAUGCCAUAAAAAAUGCUACUUAAACGCCAAUCAGUGUCUGAAAGAAGCCGGUCUUCAAGGGGAAACUAAGAGAGUGUUUGGUGUGCCGCUCGUGACUUUAGUCACAGAGGAUAACAAGCUUCCAUUGGUGAUCGAACGAUUAUUGAGCACCAUAGAGCUUCACGGGUUGUACGCUGAAGGGAUUUACAGGAAAAGCGGGGUCAGUUCGAAAAUUAAGGAGCUGAAGAAUAGGAUGGAUGAAAAUCCGGACGAGGUGGAAUUCGAGAGGUAUCAGGUUCACGUUUUAGCCUCAGUCCUGAAAUCCUUCUUACGCGAAAUGUCCGAACCCCUGCUGACCUUCGAAUGUUACGAAAACUUCAUCACCGCAGCCAAUCUCGCAGUCGAAGCCGAUCGCAUCGCCACUCUGUACGACAUCCUCAAAAAACUCCCGCCCGCCAACUACGACCUAAUGGAACGGUUAAUGUUCCAUCUAGCGCGCGUCGCCCUUCACGAAGAGACCAACCGGAUGUCCGCGGCGUCGCUCGCGAUCGUCUUCGCGCCGUGCGUGUUAAGGACUAACAAAUUAGUGCCCGCUCAGGAUUGUCUCGUGGACAUUAGCAGUCAGACACAGUGCAUCGAGACCAUUAUUAGAGUGCAGUUGAGGAAGAUCCGGAGUACCUUGGAUGAUAUCGAUACGUUGGAUACGGCGUGUCAGGCGGCGACGAAUCGGUUGAGCAGCCUGCGGAGUAGUAAGGUUUUUACGCCGGACGAGCUGUUGCCCGCGAAUCAGCCCUCUCAGCAACCUACGGACGAGGAGGAGCAUUUGUUGGAGGAUCACAUACAGGAGAUACAGAAAGAAAAAGAACACCUAACCUCAACCCUGCCAACCCUCACCCACGCCACCUCAGACGAUGAUAUGCUCUCCACAGAUGGAGACGGUAGUCUCGAUGACCUCACCUGUCUCUCUGACAAGCGUAACAAUCAAAGGCCCAUCGUUAGAUCGAUAUCAACGGGCCCGAUACCGAAAUUGCGUCGGCAAUUGUCAACCGAAGCAAAAUGUUCAGAAGAAUGCGGCGACGAUCCGAUAAUGGUGUAAAAGGAAAUUUGUUUCGUUGUAGAGUGUGAUUGUUGUUUUAUUGUACAUAAUACUUACUCGGGACUCGUUGAAAUGAAUUUAUAUUUUUAACAUUUAUCGUUACAGCAGGAUGGAAGGUGAUAAACAGAGUUCUUAUCGCCAGUAAAUAUGUAAAAUAGAUCUGCGAAAUUUUAAUUUUAAGUAUUUUUUUCUAAUCUCUCAUAUAUAAACGUCUAUUUAAAAAAAUAAAUAUUUUUUUUUAAACUAUAAGCCAAUUCUUCAUUGCCAAAGUGUCAAAUAUCCUCUGUGUCAAACAAAAAUCUCUUAUUUUGAACUUUGUUUAUCAACUUGCGCCUACAAAAGAUGUUUUGUAGAUCUUAAACCAACUGUAUUAUAUUAUUGUGUGAUACCACAUGUAAGAAUCGUCUGGGUUUUUCGUUUUCGUCCCCUUGUAUUAUACAUUUUUCUCUCCCUUCUGAUCAGCAUUAAGAUUAUUCGGCGCAUUUUGAAUCCAACAAUAGAUUUUACAAAAUAUUUAAUUUUUCAAUUUAUAUAAAAAACUACAGUCACUUAAAUACCUUGUUCUAUGAUACCAAUUGAUAUAAUGGGUCGAUAUUUUAUAUAUUAUGACGAGUAAUACAUGGAAAUUGGCGUUGCUACCGUCAUCUGUCGUUAAUUUCGAAAACUUUUCGAAUCACCCUCAUUUCAUAUAGUUGAUCAGAACAUACGUCGAAUUAUCUUAAAGAUCUUCUAAGUGAUACGUUUUUUUAAGCACAUGCUAAGAGCCGAGACGAUUGAUUGAUUUUUGUACAGAUAUCUGUAAUCAAAUUUAAAAUGUUUACAUAUUGCUGGGGGUGAAAUUGAGUUUGAUUGUGGGAGCGUCGCCGCAAAGGUUGAAUUUAAAAAUGGUUUGUGUGAACACAAUGUGAUAAUUAACGGGCUCUCUUAAUUUGUAAAUAGUCUUUUUUUGUUAAACUGUCAUGCACAAUAUAUGAAGAACAUCAGUUGAGUUUCUUCUACAUUUUAUUUUAUUAUUUAGAAAAAGUAAAGUGUUCAUUUCUUCCAAUAUUCAGUAUAAGUGAAAUGCAUUUAGUUUUGUUAAAUUGGAAAAGUUUGCCGUUUUUCAAGCUCUUUCGUCAUUAUGAAAAUUACUUUAUUAGUCCCAUUAUAAAGUCUUAUUUUACACUUCUGACUGAUGAUGUAUGUCGAGUAUUAAAUGUGAUGAUAGUUUUGGUGCAGUAAUAGUGUACUAAUAAAGUACCAAAUAAUUUUUUACUUAUGCAUAAUAUAAAACAGACAUUUUAUGUUGCAUAAUUUUGUACCAAUCAUGAAAAGCAGGAAAAAAUUAGUAGCCUUCUGUCAUUUCUGACAUAUUUAAUUUGCAUAUUAGUCGAAGCAUUUGUGGUGUUUAUUUAAAAGUAUGGCGAAAAUUUUGUCGUUUAUUAUUUAAAAAUUAAAAAAAUCGACUGGCUUAAAACAUUCCAAUUUAUAAGUGAAAUAAAAAAUGAAUAAAGUCAAACGCGGUAAUAAGUAAAUAUGUUUGUUAUAGUUGUUGUGAAACGUCAAAUGUCAAUUUUCACCCCUCGCUAUGAUCAGUUGUGAUGUCGAAAAUAUUGAUGUACUAUAAAUAGGCAGGGUAAUAAGAAUUUUACCGUUUAUAGAGACUCUAUUUUGAAUUAAAAGUAUUUGUUUUUGGUGUGGGAGUUUUGAAAACAAAAAUCGCAGUUGGAAUCAUUUUAUGAAAAGCCCAACAUUAAAUAUAGUAAUAUAAAAAUAACUCAAAGCCAAUGUCACAUAAAU